GGUCGCACUGGUCAGCUGUUUAAUGGAAAUCUAAGUAUUAUUUACGAUCCUAAACCUUACACAAACCCCCACAUGGAUUUUGAUGGCCACCUUGAACGAGACCUUUCGCUCACACUGGCUCAUCUCCAUCUUCGGACUAAUCCUGUUCGUCGCAGGCACCGUCGUCCUCUAUUGGAAUGAGGGCCGUGCGGUUCACACAAUGAUGGCUCUGGAUGAGGCGUACGAUGACAUCUACUCCAUCCAAUUCACGGAGGAGGAGCAGGACCAGAAUUUCGACGGCCGCAUUGUGCACAUCUCGGGGCCUAUUCUGGUGGGUGAACCCCUCACUGAGCCCGACUACAACAUCCAGCUGAUGGCCGUCAAGUUGCGGAGGCGCGUGCAAAUGUAUCAGUGGGUGGAGGAGUCGAUCGAGCACAACUAUGGCGAGAGUGUGGGAACGGAGCAGUCUGAUUCGCGCACCUACUACUACACCAGGGAGUGGCGGGACAAGAUCGUAGACUCGCGAAACUUCUACAAUCGCCACGGCCACACGAACCCCACACACUUCCCCAUCGAGAGCAACGUGCAGGUGGCCGACGCCGUGUACAUUGGCAGAUAUGAGCUCGGGUCAGAGCUGAAGAACAAGUUCCAGGAGUACCAGGAGUUGACGUCGGACAUUCGGCCAGAGGACAGCAGCAUCAAGCUCCAUCUGGGUCUCUACUAUCACACCAACGACGUGUUCAAUCCGGUGGUGGGCGAUCUGCGUAUCCUCUUCAGCUUCGCGGCCAUGGAGGGGGAGACGUACAGUGUGGUGGGCAAGAUGGAGGCCAACAAGCUGGUUCCCUACGUCACCUCUCGCGGCGUGCGUGUGCUGCUGGUAUAUCCGGGCGCCUUGACUGUACACGAGGUGUUCAAGCUCGAGUCUCGCUCCCAGGUGCUGCACACCUGGUGGUGGCGCUUCAUUGGCUGGCUGCUCAUCUUCUUUGGCGUCAGCUGCAACUCCAAGAUCCUCCGGUUGCUGUUUCUGCGUAUUCCGCUCCUCAUCUGCCUGGCGCCCGACCCGCAGUUCCCAAUGACCGGAAACUUUAUCAUUGCCUUCUCGCUGGCGCUCAUCAAUGCGUCCGUGGCCUGGAUCCUGCAUCGACCUCUCAUCGGAGCCUGCCUCUUCCUGGCCGGUGCCUCGCCCUACCUCUGGUUCACCCGCAGCCUGGUGGACUACCAUCGCCUGGAUUGACUCCAUAUCCGAUUUCCGCAUUGUUCCUUCGUUCCUUCGGCUACUUAUUUACAGGUUUAUUUAUUCCUCGUUUUACGUUUUACGUCCGAUCAGAAAAUAAAAACUUAAUAACACUUAA